UUCAUAAGCACGCCUCUACCUUCUUCCUUGCCCAGCAAGCCGCAAUGACACACACGCCCACUACCGGAGCAGUAGUGUGUGAACACACGACCGCCUCGGCGAUCGGGGCAAACAUCCUCGCGGCGGGCGGGAACGCAGUUGACGCGCUAAUCGCCGUCGUCCUCGCAGUCGGCACGCUCGCGCCCUACCACUCAUGCAUCGGCGGUGGUGGGUUUGUGCUAGUCCGCACUCCCGAUAAAUGGGACGUAAUCGACUUCCGCAGCUGCGCACCCGCCGCGACGACAAUGGACAAUUUCAUGGCCCACUCCUCCCCGCACGGCGGCCAUGCCGUCGCCGUCCCAGGCGAGAUCAAGGGUUUGUACCGCCUGCACGAGCUGUACGGGCGCGCGGAGUGGGCGUCGCUCGUGGCACCGAGCGCGGCGCUGGCGCGUGGUGCGCCCAUGGGCCGCGACCUGUACGACUUCCUGGCACGCGAGUGCCCGAACGCACCAAGCAUCGAGGGGUCGUGGAUGGCCGACGAUGCCGAGUUCGUGCGCGCCUUCACGCGCGACGGGCGCCUCAUCCAGGUCGGCGAGAUGUGGGCGCGCGAGGAAUACGCUGCUGUCCUGGAGGCGAUCGGGGAGCGUGGGCCGGACGCGUUCUAUGCCGGCGACGUCGCCGUCGCCAUCGUCAAGGCUGUGCGCGGCCGCGGCGGGGUCAUGAGCGUCGACGACCUCACCAACUACACCCCGAUUCACCGGACGCCGCUGUCUACCACGUUCCGCGGGCAUGAGGUGUACUCGAUCCCGGCGCCGGGGAGCGGUGCGACGCUCCUGGGCGCUUUGCGCACGCUCGACAGUUUUCCCCUCAACGCGCCACUCAGCGUCGAGGACGAGCACGUAACGGCCGAAGCAAUGCGGUUGGCGUAUGGCGCCCGCACAGCGCUCGGCGACCCCGCCUUCGUGCCCGUCGACACUGUUCAAGCCACGAUGCUGCGCGGCGCCGCCGAUCGGGUUCAGGCGCGGACACAGACGCCAGAAUAUUAUCUCUCUGGUGUUGCUGGCGUCGACGACACGGGCACGUCAUCGAUGGCAGCAGCGGACGCGUCGGGCCUCGUAGUGAGCCUCACCACGACGGUCGGCACCGCGUGGGCGUCCCGCAUCAUGGUUCCUGGAACCGGGAUUGUGCUCAAUGAUUCAGUGCUGGAUUUCACAGUGCGCGGCCGCGCUAAUGUGUGGGGCUACGCGCCGGCGCCGGCCAACUUUGUCGCAGGAGGUCGCCGCCCGCUCUCCUCUAUGUGUCCGUAUAUCGUCCUCAAGGACGGGACGCCGGUCGCUACCGGCGGCGCUGCGGGGGGCGCCACGAUUCCGAGCACAAACAUUGUCGCCGUGCGCAACAUGCUCGCGUAUGGCAUGGGGGCGGGCGAGGCUCUGGCCCAGCCACGCAUCCAUAACCAGGUCCUGCCUAACGCUACGGUGCUCGAGCACAGUAGCCAUCGCGGGCGCCCGGUGGAAGAGGUGGCGCCGGAGACGGUGCGCGGGUUGGAGGAGCGCGGACACAUUAUUGAGUGGCGCGACAAAUCCAUGUCGACUCCGUGUGCGAUGCGCAUACUCCCCGAUGGUUACGACACGGGCGGCGAUGCGCGGAAGUGGGAUGCUGGGGGCGCGGUGUGCAUCGGCGGCAAGGUCACGGUGCAGCCACACCCGGCUUAGAGUCACCACGGUUCCAAGGUUCCAAGGUUCCAGUCGAG